AUAGGCGGGUGCGCACAGUGGAUUUCAGCUAAAGGCUCAUUCUAGGGCUUUAUUAAGGAGAUCUAUCUAUAAUCUCAGAUUCCUCAAUUUGCACUCUAACAAUGGCGCCUCUUCCAGCACCAUACUCAGGAACUAGCACUCUUGCUCUCGUGGCGCGUGCAUCAGCAUUCACGUUUGGACUUGCUUAUGGAAGCAUUAAGCUCAAGUAUCUCAGGGCGAAGGCCAAGUCUCAAAAGAAGGCUGAAGCUAAGGCACAUCAUUGAAAGAUAGCGUAUGGUGGAUUUGCUCUCAUAUGAGGAUUAAACUUGACUUUUCGCCUGAUGCUUAGGAUCAUCAGAUUCUGACUUGUAGCUGUUCAAUUUUGUGUUGAGAGCUUUUGAGUUUUGUGGUUCAGUAAAGACCGCAUCAUAGAUCUGACUACGAAAUAAUCUUCUUUGUUAGACGGAACACCCUGAGGUGAAAACAGCAUAAGUGAUGGUUGUCCAUUAAUCAUGAAGAUAUGUUGAUUUUCUGUCA